GUUUGAGGAUCAAAGCAGGAAAGGCUGUCACUGUCGUCACAAUCAAUGGUCGUUAUGAUCUCAGCAUGCCAGAGCUGAGGUGUGAGGGAUGUGAGGCUAGUUGGACAUGUGGAGUACAUGAUCUAAAUUUAACUGUUUACUGGCCAGCUACCCUUCACUUUUCCACUCUAUAUGCAACUGAUGUGCUUUUUACAUUUGAAGAAAUGAAGAUGGCAGCACCAGGUCUCUCCUGUCAAGCAUUUCUUAAAAUGUUAGACCAACGAACCGUCCGCUUUGGCCGUACAGGAAAGAUAUCAGCUGACAGCUUCCUGAAAAGUUUUUUUGAGUGGGAAGCUAUAAGAUAUGAGUUGGAUAAAAUGUUAAGGAAGGAUCCCUUCAAGUGUCAAGCUUGUACCCCGGAUAUGCUUGCAGUUUCAGUGGAUGGAAACCGCAAGCAUUACCGUUUCAAGAAUGCAGCAAGAUCGGAGGAACAGGCCCUAUUUCAGGACCUGUUCAUAGCCAAGGAUGAAGACGUAGGACAAUUUGUGGACUAUAUACACAAAUCAACCAAACAUACUUCUGGAAGAGGUGUCUGUGGUGGGCAAUGGUCAGCAGCCAGAGAGACCUCUCACAGAUCCAGCAGCAAACUGGACGAGGAGGGAUUGGAGCUAGCGGUGUGCAGACAUGGGGUGCUACUUUGUGCCCUGAACAUGUAUAGGGGUGAGAUAUUUGCAUACCCCUUGUACUUGCAGCAAAGGCUGGCCAACAGACGGAUCACAUUUUUUUGCAUGGAUGUAACAUGCAAGUACUGGCCAUAUCUUGAGAAAGUAUCGAAAAGCUGUCCUGAGCUCCAACGCCUGCUUCAAAUGAAGCCAUUCCUCUCCGUGUUCCAUGCCAAAGCCCAUGACUUCAAAUGUGAGGCUAAGUGGAGUGGAGCAUAUCAAGAUGGUGCUGGCUUGACUCUAGGGGAAGAAGUUGAGCAGUGCAAUGCAUUUCUCUCAAGGAUUGCUGUUACGACAAAACAUAUGUCAAAAGCUGGACGGACAGACAUGCUGACUCUUAUGGCCAUGCGCUGGAAUCAGCAAAAACUUGACAACUUGGCCACCUCACUAACCCGUCGAUAUCAGAAGGCCACAAAAGCUCUUCAAAAACAACAUCAGAACUUGGAGUCCUUAAAAAUUGAGCUUUUGGUGACUGACAGUCAACUUGAUGACUGGGUCCAUGAUAUUAAGGAGUGGGCAGAAGCAACAUCUAGCACAACUGAUCCGGACUCCUUGGCAGGCAGAAUUGAGGUUCUGGCUGCGAGCAUCAAAAGGCGAUCUCAGCGUCUUUAUAAAGACAUAGACGGAAACAAAGCUCGUGCCAAGGCUCGUCGCAAAAUAAGACAGGAGAAAAACAUCUUAGCAUUGGCUUUAGAAAACUACAAGACUGUUACAGGCACAGAAGCACUAUCUUUAGAAGAGAUCCUGUCCGGUGACACAACAUUGCCAUGGCAGCAAUCAGACAGUGACUCUGUCAGUCUUGCCACAAAAAGGAGGGCAUUCGAUGGCAUUAUGACAGUAAAGAGACUGGAAGAGGAAAAGAGGAUCCUCGUAGGAGAGAUGGACCGUCAUUGGAAAUCUCUGUCAUCCUAUGAAGAUGCUCUAAAGGAGCUUCCCCGCCUGUUAUCGAGCGGCAAAUUUAAAAGUUCGUCCUGUUCCCUAACUGAUGAAGCUCUAAGAGGCCUCCAGAGCAUCAUCCUCAGAGAGCUACAGCACUUAAAACAAAUGAAACUGCAGGCAAGAGAACAUUAUCUACAGACUUUGUCAGGAGCAGAAAGUGUUAGUUUUGACGAUACUUCUGAUGACGACUUUGGUAGUGACUCGGAAGCUUCUGAUAAUAGUCUGUAAUCAUUUGUGCAUAUACUGCUGACAAAGAUCUACACUAGCGUGACAGUAUUCGGCUCCUUCUGGAUUGACCAAUAUGUCACAAGUAAAGUAUGUUUGCUCAUAAGUCACAAAGAGACACAAUUCUGUUUAAAUUUGUUCUUGUGCUUUCAUGUUUCCAAAUUGGCAGUGUUUUAUUUCGGUGAUUCUUUUUUUUAAAAUAGUUAAUAUGUUUGUGCCUUUUUACUUUCUGAAAGGUCUUACUAGGGCUGUGAUUACUUGCGCAGGCAUGUCAUUCAUUUUGUUUCUUUUUCAUUAUGUUUCUCCAUAUCUACUGUAUUUCCAGAUAAUAGUAAGAGUAAUUUUACUGUAGUUAAUUUUAGUUACUACUUUUACUUCAAAUGGAGUAAUAGCAGUUGUGCUUAUGUUUAGCAGUUUAAAAAUGGCUACAACACUACAUUAAGCAGUCGCAGUGAUUCUGCACUAACCAAGACAUCUUUUUGGAUAUUAUACUUUUAUUUUCUUUUUUUAUUAACAUGUGCAGCUCUGACUUAUUGUUUAAUUCAAUAAA